AUGCUCGGCGUGGUAGCAGUCGGUGUUGCCGGCAUCUUGUCCAUCGGAAUGUACCUCAGUCGACUGUCCAAGGCUGCUAAGAAGAAUCCGCAGCCUUACCCGUUCACCCAUGCCGCAUUCGACCCGAGCUCUGCCGUAUUCCUUAUAACGGUUGGCCUCGUUAGCAUCAUUGUCCUGUCUACGAAGAGAGAGAGGAUCUUGGACAGACCAUUCCGAUAUGUAUUUCGCAGGUAG